AUGUCGGACUAUCUUCCGGAACCCAUGAUAGAAAAAAUCCUCCUCAAUAUGCCCACCAAGUGUUUGAUGAAAUACACCGCAGUUUGCAAGUCAUGGAUGUCUCUGAUCAAGUCAUCCACCAUCAUUCAGACCCACCUCACCCGCAACAAUAACGCUCGCCUCCUUCUGUUCUCAACCUUUUCCAAGGUUGAGAACACAAGCAAGUCAUACUCUCUGCUCUGGGAUGACCCUGUUCUUGGUGACUGCAAGCGUAUCGACCCUAUAACUUACACUAUUGUCUAUCAAGGAAGAAAUGUCUCUCCUCAGAGUCUACUAGUCGUUGGGACUUGUAAUGGUCUCGUAUGCCCUCAUUGUGUUGAUUCCCCUGUUUUAGUUUGGAACCCAUCUAUUAGAAAGAUUGUGGUUUUGCCUAGCCCACCACCAUUACCUCCAAGGAGUCUUGAUGAUAUUUGUUUGAGAAGAUUUUCUUUCGGUUACGAUUCAAGUACCAAUGACUAUAAAGUGUUGAGAAUUAUGAUACAUCCAUGGUUUACUGAAACUCUAGUUGAAUUAUACUCGCUAGCUAGCGGGACCUGGAAGAGUCUCAGUGCUGCUGCAAAUAAAGUGCCUGAGGCUUUGAGGGGACAGACAAGCUGGUGUACAAAAUAUGGGGACUGUCUUGCCUUGGCUACGGAGAAAAUAUCACUUGAGUUUGACAUUUGGGUGAUGAAAGAGUAUGGUGUGGCGGAAUCAUGGACAAAGUUAACCCUGCGGCACGAGGGAGAUCUUGAUCAUAUGGAGGAACUGAUAUAUUGUAGGAGUGAAGAACUCGUGUUCCAGAGUGAAACUGGAAAUUUGCUUAUCGUGGAUUGUGGGACUGGUUAA